GGCGGCUGAAACCGUUUUCAGCGUAAAAUAAAAUUUAACUCGGACGUUGUUUGAGACGCAGGUAACGUUACACGUGUACGGAAAGCGAUUGAAAAGCUCCCACUUGGUCCAUAUUAACCGGUGCCCUUGCUUUUAGUGUGGGCGCAGCAGCAGCAGCAGCACGAGGUCCUCUCUCUUUUCCCGCACCCAGUUCUGUUGUCCUCAUGGGUUUGCUGUCGGGUCUCGCCCGCGGGCUGGUCAGGGGUGCUGACCGCAUGGCCGAGUGGACCAGCAAGCGCGGCUCCCGCACCUUCUACAAGAACCGCGGCGCCAGGAAGACCGGCGUGCUCACCUCCAGCGGCAAGUUCGUGCGGGUCCGGGAGAUGGUGCCGGAGCUGGUGGUGCCUCGGCUGGACGCCGGGUUCAAGCUGAAGCCCUACGUCUCGUACCGGGCACCCCCGGGCACGGAGGAGCCACAGACCCCCCACAAGCUCUUCACGGAGGUCGUGGCUCCCCGGAUCGAGAAGGAAAUCAAGGAAGGGACCUUCGACCCGGACAACCUGGAGAAAUACGGCUUGGAGAGAUCGCAGGAGGGCAAGAUUUUCCAGCUGUACCCCAAGAACUAUGUGAGGUAACACGAGGGGCAGAGGCUGGGCCUGACCUGCUCCACUCCGCUCCCCACUGCCAUUCCAAUCCUCUUCAGACUGGAACAAGGCUGGCCCUGCAUUUCACUUAAUUCCUCAACGGGUUAAACCGCACUGAUUAACUAUCUCAAUCGAGCCCAGGAUUUCUCAGUUUUGUCAAAUAAAAAUCAUUUCAGUGGAGGGUUUGGGUUUGUUGUGCUGAUGAAGAAGGAUCACCUCCACACACUGACAUGUGCAGUAUGUUGUGUUUAAUGUGUGGGGCGUGUAAUAUGAUAGCAAUUAAACAUGUGAACCUGCUUUAAAAGUC